UUCUCAGUACUUGUUGACGCCUAUGUACUCAAUAUGGGACAAAGCAGUUCAAUAACUAUUUAUUGAAUGAAGAAUAAAUGUCCAUUUGUUUCCUUGGAAAAAGCCUUGGUUAAUGUGAGAUUUUAAAUUAUUAUUGGAGCCAGAUUUGGAAAGUUGAUUCAUUCACCAAAAAUUAAGAGAAAUAAUGGGAACUGUAGAAAAAUUAAGAGCUUUCAUAUUACAAUGGAAGUGACUAUAAUAUUAUGGCAUGUUCAUUGACAUUUCCCAUUUUUCCCAAUUCCCAGCUGAGACAAGAAGGACAUGAGGAGAAAGAACCAGACUUGCAUGAUAGAGUUCCCCCACCUGUGGAUCCCCAUCCAGUCAGAACAGCAGGGCAUGUUCUUUGCCCUGUUCCUGGGCAUGUACUUGACCAUGGUGCUGGGGAACCUUCUCAUCAUCCUGCUCAUCAGGCUGGAUCUUUGCUUCCAUAUCCCCAUGUGCUUCUUCCUCAGCCAUUUGGCCCUUAGGGACAUCUCCUUUUCAUCUGUCACUGUCCGUAAUAUGCUGAUGAACAUGCAGACUCAGGAACAAUCCAUCUCCUAUGCAGGGUGCAUUUCUCAGAUGUAUUUUGUCACACUUUUUAGUUGUCUUGACAAUUUCCUUCUCACAGUGAUGUCUUAUGUCAGGUAUGUGGCCAUUUGUCAGCCUCUCCAUUAGACCACUUCCAUGAGGCAGGAACUGUGUUUCUCCCUAGUACCUGGGUCCUUAUUUCUCUGUUGUAUCCUUGCAUUGUUGGUCAACCUGUCUUUCUGUGCUGCCAAUACCAUUCCCCACUUCUUUUAUGACCUCACUAUACUCCUGAAGUUGUACUGCUCAGAUAUCUACCUCAAUG